UCAUCAGGAGUGUUGACAUAUCGUAUAGUGUAUCCCGGUAUCGCUUCGACGGCAUCCUUCUUUUUGAACGAAACGGAACCGGCUUUCGGAUCGCUCCUCCAGAUAGGUUUGGCAUAUGCAUUCGGCAUUGCUUUCGCCAUCAUUACCUGCGCACCUACUUCGGGUGGGCAUUUCAAUCCCGCCAUCACGCUUUGCUUUGCCUUCUGGCAAGGCUUUCCAUGGAAGAAGGUCCUGUAUUAUCUCUUUGCGCAAAUUUUCGGGGCCUUCAUGGCUGGAUUGGUCCUGAUGGGCCAAUACCACGAACAAAUUUCGGCUUUUACUACGAGAUCUAUCGCCGCAGGAAAGGGAACUGUCUACAACGGUGGUCCAGCGAGUAUUCUCUGUACCUUUCCUGGGGAAACUCAGAAUAACCUUGGAUAUCUCUUCCUUAUCGAAUGGUUCGUUGAUAGCUUCAUCGGCAUCGUAAUUUGGGCCUCACUUGACCCAGCCAAUCCAUUCGUAUCCCCACAUUCAGCGCCCUUUGUUAUUGGUCUUGCAUAUGCGAAUAUGAUAUGGGGCUUCGCAAAUAUAUACAUUUCAACCAAUCUUGCUCGUGAUCUCGGCACUCGAAUCGUAGCUGCUAUCUGGUUUGGCGGUGAAGCCUUCUCUUACAAGAACUAUAGCUGGAUCGCUAUGCUUGUGAAUAUCCCAGCGACCUUCUUUGCGACGGCGUACUAUGAAUUUCUUAUGAGAGAUAGCUUGAAGAAAAUUGGAAAGGGGAAUGCGGUUAAUGCGGGUGGUGAGGUGGGCUUGGCGAAGCACCUGAGUAAGACAGGCUGGCCGAUCGAGGACGGAGCAACAGAGGUUUUGAGGAAGCAAGAGACGAAUGUUUAG